AGUGCCUCUCAUGCUCGGUGACUUGUCAGUGUGUUGGACUAAUGUUCAUUUGUGUUUUCUCUCCUCUCUGCCAGAUGUACAUGAGCAAAGUCUGAUUGUCUUCAGGACAGAAGCCUCCACACCCUGGAGUGCCGUCAGUGGAUUUUGCAGCAUCUUUCCAGGAGUGGGAUUAACUCAAUUUUCUUUUUUUUGCUCCACUUCUCUUCUUCGCACCAGGAACGCCGCCUGCAAUCUUUGACAAUGAAGUUCAACUUGUUCAGAAAACCUCAGCCCGUGGCGCCCGCCGAGCCCACCGGUGCCACCACCGUCACCAUGGCGCCCACGUCGGCCGUUAUCUCCACCACAGCGGACACCUCGGGCUCCAACAACACAGAGAUCAGCAAGAACGACAUGUUCGAAGAAAUCAAGAGCAAGUUCCUGAACGAGAUCGAUAAAAUCCCAUUGCCUCCCUGGGCUCUGAUCGCCAUCGCUGUGGUGGCGGCGCUGCUCAUCCUCACCUGCUGCUUCUGUAUAAUCAAAAAGUGCUGCUGUAAGAAGAAGAAGAACAAGAAAGGAAAGAAGGGUAAAGACGGCUUCAACAUGAAGAACAUGCAGGGUGGUGAGAAACACCAGGAUGAUGAUGAUGACGAGGGGGAGACCGGACUGACAGAGGAAGAAAAGGAGGAAGAGGAGAAAGAGCAGGAGAAACUCGGGAAGUUGCAGUAUUCCAUAGAUUACGACUUUGAAAACACAAAGCUCACAGUUGGGAUCCUGCAGGCCGCAGAUCUCAUUUCCAUGGACUCAGGGGGCACUUCCGACCCGUACGUCAAAGUCCUGCUACUUCCUGACAAAAAAAAGAAGUUUGACACCAAAGUCCACAAGAAAACACUUAACCCAGUCUUUAAUGAGACAUUUGUCUUUAAGGUGCCCUACGAGGAACUUGGUGGGAAGACGUUGGUGAUGUCUGUCUAUGACUACGAUCGAUUUUCCAAACACGAUGUGAUCGGAGAGGUGAAGAUCCCCAUGAACACCAUUGACCUCGGCCGGCCCAUCGAGGAGUGGCGAGAUCUGGAGAGCGCCGACCAGGAGGAGCCUGAGAAGCUGGGGGACAUCUGCAUCUCGCUUCGCUACGUACCGACGGCUGGGAAACUCACAGUCUGCAUCCUGGAAGCAAAGAAUCUGAAGAAAAUGGAUGCCUGUGGAUUAUCUGAUCCCUACGUGAAAAUCCAGCUGCUGCAGGGAGGCAAACGGCUGAAGAAGAAGAAGACCACAGUGAAGAAGAACACACUGAACCCCUACUAUAAUGAAUCCUUCAGCUUCGAGAUCCCACUAGAACAAAUGCAGAAAAUCCUCGUGGCUGUAACAGUGUUCGACUACGACAAGAUCGGUAAGAACGACGCCAUCGGGAAGAUCUUCGUUGGCAGCAAGGCCACCGGUUUGGGACUGAAGCACUGGUCUGACAUGUUGGCAAACCCACGGCGCCCCAUCGCUCAGUGGCACCCGCUGCAGCCAGAGGAAGACAUCGACGGUCAGCUGGCGUCUUUGAACGCAAAGAAGUGAAACCGCCAAGCAGCUAAUGCACUCUCUCCGAAACUCCCAGCACCUCUACUUUGCAUGAGACCUGACACGUCUUGUCAUAAACCCUUUCUGCAAAACGUAAAAAAGAAGAAAAAAAAAAAAGCUUAUCAUGGUGCAUUGGGACGAACUGUCGAAACUGGUCAUUUGGGUGUUGGAUAUGGAAGCAUUAGUUUAGUUUGUAUGGCAUGCUGCGUUCACCUCCCUAUGGAUUCAUCAUGGCCAGUAUAGUAUCCGCUGCCUAAAUGUGCUAUAACUUGCUUCAGACAGCGCUGUAGUGUCAGACUGGUUUUCUACAGAAUGUGAAGAGCGUAACGUGAUGAAAGAAAUCGUGACCUUAAAUCCAUCGUAUCACACAUGAUUUAAGUUGCCUGUUUCAUGUUGUCAUGACAACGCUACUAUGCAUCUAGGUCCAACAGAGAAGAGAACAAGGGUGCCUUUCCUGAUAGGACAACUUUAUUUAGCUUUUCCUCUCGCAUUGUCAGAUAUCACAGUUGUCAGGGACUCUGAGAAUGUGCCAUUGUAGAACGCUGCACUGACCACUUGGAUGUAAAUUCUGCGCUGCAUAUUUGUGUAUAAAUAUGCUACAAAGGGGAUAUCAUUUGUUCACUUCAUUGAAAGGGUUGACUUCAUCGGGUGUGAACUCGCAGUAGGAAUCUUUUUCUCCUCUCUUUCGACUGCUGUAAAUGCAGACUUUAGUGCCCGCACAUAUUCUUCUUCAUAGCUGCAUGAAAAGACUUGGGGAAUAGAAUGAUCAGAGUUGACAAAAAUAGAGAAAUGUAAUGAUAAAUAAGAUGACAAAACCUCUUAGCGAUAAAAGAAACCAAACCAGCUCUGCUUAGCGUCAAGUCUAAUAUGAUAAAUGGGACUGCUUAUCCGGUAUGGUUCGGUGUGACAUCAGUGUUCUUCUUCAUCCUCUUCCUGGUUCGGUGUUGCCAUUCUUUUCUCCCAACUCUGUCUCUGGUGUGUGCUCCUGCUGCACCACCGCCCUUAUUGCUUCAAGGUUAACGCUGGUGGAGACAGACAGACUUUAGUGCGUCACAGAAUGUUGCAGAUAUGGCUGUUUAGUCAUGGACCCGCGGCACUUCUGCGCUGCUGUUCACCGUCCCCUUUAAAAGCAGUUUGCACUGGUAUCUAUUCUCAGACUGUUGCAACCUGUUGUGUGUCAUUUUUCUGUUAAAAAGCAGAUGCCGCCUGGAUGCCACUUUAUCUCCACACUUUCAUUCUGCCAAUCACCCUUUCCUUCAAAGCAUUCGCUUGACUGACAGGUGCUUCCAAGAUCUUCAUAUUUCACGAGUAAAUUUGUCUUGUUUUAAAGUGAAGUUUUCGCUGAGGGAGCUGAUGAAAUUGAGCUGACCAAAGCCCCAAACGGCUCUACGAUUUAAGGCAGAUCACUUUGUAACAUCUAGGCUCAUCUAAUGCUCAUCUGUUAGUCAUUCAAAUCAGAGAAAAACAAAUUUCUAUUGUUGUAGGAGGCCAAAAUCGCUUGAAAUAAAAUUGGCGUAGAAGACACAGCUGUUUUAGUUGAGGCUGGUGUUUAGGCGUCCAUGCUGUUGGAGAAACUUUAGGUUUAGUGCGAGUGCCGUUGCUCAUCUGCAGCACAUCUCUCCGUCCGAGAGUAGCUUGUCCUAAUGCUGAUUUUCUACUCUCUGCUUAAAGCAGCUUUGCUUCUGAACAGCUGCUUAAUUUAGGAAGUAGCUUUACCUGGUCAGACCACCAGGCUCUCCUCUUCCAUGCAAAGUCCAAGCUACACCUCACUCAUCUUCUCUUCUCAGCUGCUGCUUGCCCACAGUGGGUGUAGACCAAUAUGCAGGUUUGCUCAAGUGAUCCGUUUGAGAAACAUAUCAUGCUUGAACCAAAUCUAACAGAUUGUUCCACAGAGGAAUCUUCCACAUUGUCAACUCAACCUUUGUUUACCAGUUGAUGGGGCUUUUAUUCCGUUCAUUUCAAUAAACUGGUGCCAGCAGAGGGCGACAAACAAGAAAACAGACCUCAGAAUGAACUACGGGCGUUGCACCUCCAAACCGUGGCUUUCAGCCACAUUUUCGUUUCUUUAUUGCUUAUAUAUAUAUAU